AUGGGAAAAAACUUCUUAUGGGAUGCGAAGUGCGAAGAGUCGUUCGCUCAGCUCAAAGCCUAUCUAUCUGAACCGUCGGUCUUGGCUAAGCCCGAGUUCGGUGAGCCACUCUUUCUUUACGUAGCUGUCUCGGACAGUGCAGUCAGCGGAGUCUUGGUUCGGGAGGAAAGGGGGGAGCAACGACCAAUUUACUAUGUCAGUAAGUCAUUUACUGGGGCGGAGUCCAGGUGCCCUAUGAUGGAGAAAUUGGCCCUAGCAGUUGUCUCUUCGGUAAGAAAGCUGCGACCUUACUUCCAGUCCCAUAGAAUCAUAAUCCUGACGACGCAACCACUUCGGACGGUAUUACAUAGUCCAAGCGAGUCCGGGAGACUAGCUAAAUGGUAUGUCGAGUUGAGUGAAUACGACAUCGAGUUUCGGACUCGAACCUGUGCUAAGGCGCAAGUGCUGGCCGAUUUUUUGAUUGCACUCCCACUAGCCUCUUCAAUUAGCGACAAUGUUGAAGUCCCGUGGACGUUGUAUGUUGACGGCGCUUCUUCCAGAUCGGGAGCAGGAAUUGGGGUCCGCCUCACUUCUCCUACUGGCGAAGUAAUCGAGCAGUCAUUUCGCUUGGCUUUCAGCGCGUCAAACAAUGAAGCCGAGUAUGAAUCUUUCCUUGCUGGUUUACGCCUCGCAGUAGGGAUUGGUGUCCGACGACUCCGAGCUUUUUGCGAUUCGCAGCUGGUCACCAACCAGUUUUUGGGGGAGUACGAAACAAAGGAUGGUCGUAUGGAGGCUUAUUUGUCCACAGCUCGAGAGUUAGUCGCUAAAUUCGAGGAUUUUGAAAUCACUAAGAUCCCGCGAAGUGAAAACUCCGCUGCGGACGCUUUAGCAUCUCUGGCAUCCACUUCGGAUCCUGCGAUGACUAGGAUUAUCCCCGUUGAAGUCAUCCAGUUUCCAAGCAUCCGUCUAGAGAGCUCGAAUGUCGUCACCCGGCUGGUCACCAACCAGUUUUUGGGGGAGUACGAAACAAAGGAUGGUCGUAUGGAGGCUUAUUUGUCCACAGCUCGAGAGUUAGUCGCUAAAUUCGAGGAUUUUGAAAUCACUAAGAUCCCGCGAAGUGAAAACUCCGGGCAAUGA